AUAAUGUCCUGUCUAAUGGCAAACAGUUGUCAAGACGUAAAGGACUAAAGCAAUUACACCGAGUAAUUGCCUAACUUCGCGUUGUUUACACCUAAUCUUCGAUUUACUUCACACUAACUCUCGGACGAAAACGAACAAAAGUCGAAGGCGAGUCCGGGAAAGACUCCGCAAGGGGGAAACAAGCACAUUUCCACAGAAGGCAAGGGGUAAGCGAAAAUUAAAACUGAGACUCCGAGCGAAUAAUGAGCUCCGGUCACAUGGCAUACCAUAUGGAGGCCCAAAGACGGCAAAGAGUAUUGGAUAAAAAACAUGCCGCCUUGGACAGAAUGGCAAGGGAAAAGGUCAGGAAAAUGAAAACACACGCUUUUAUUUAAUUAAACUGGUAUAUCAAUAUAUGGUUUAAUAUAAUGUAGAAUAUUCAUCGUAUAUAUAGUGUGGCUUUCGUCUGCGGGUUGUCCCAUACGAAAUGUCGGCUGGUAGUAGUCGUUUAAUUUAGACUGGAGUAGCCCCAAGUAGGUAAUUGGUUUUUACUACCAUUAUUGCAUUAGUUCUAUAAAGUUCCUAUUGUGAAUGUAAUAUUCAUCCUGAUAUAUUUUGUGAAAAAGCUUGAGUUGACUUCAUAAUUCACAGCACGCGCCAUUUAUUGCCAAGGCAACCGGUGCAUGCAAAACUUCAACAAAACAUUUUUUUAUAAAAUGAGAGCUUUUCUUGAGAAGGGAAUCUUGGAGGAUUCCUAAUUGUAUAUUAAGUUUAUGUGUUGGUUGACAAGUGUGAUACUCGUCCUCAGACAUCAAUACAUCAUUCCCAAUAUUAAAGGUCGCCAAAUAAUUUCGUUACCACUGAUGAGUACAUGUAACCCCGCAUGCACGACUUUACAAAUAGGCAUAUGUCAACAAGAUUUACUUUAUAAUGUAAUUGAUUGAUUGAAAAGUGAUCUCCGUAAAUGGUUGGGUUCCCGGGUUCGUCACCAGCUACUGCUACGCCAAUACUGAAAAGUUAAUGCACACUUUGUAACCCCCUCUCCCCCAGUUUAGUGUUAUCAUUAUCAGAUUUUGUAUAGAGGGAAAGGUCAAAGGUAGUCUCAACCAGUAUGUCCAGGAUUGUAGUUUGAGCUAAACUCUGAAAUAGGAAAACCAAGCUUAAAAUUAAUAGGUUAAUUUUCGUAGUGUUUUCAGGCUUGGGAUUGUUUUUCUUAUUUGCCCCGGUAUAUGGUUAGUUUUAAAAGCUUAAAGGUUGCCACUUUCCCUUACUGAAGGUUGCCACUUUGAUGUGUUUUCGUAAGGCCUCUGCACAAAGAUGAUGGGGGGAUACCAUCCCCACCCCGGGUGUAAAGACAAUAUGCUAUACAAUAUCCAAAAUGCUAAAAGGGGAAAGACGACCGAACUGUAGGGAGCCACCUUUAAGUCAAAUACCUCGUCUCUAAAACGGUUGCCUAGCAACAUUUCAUGACUCAACAUUUUAAAAACAAACAUGGCGUUCGCAUUUCAUAUGGAAGCGUUGCGAAAACAGCGUGUACUUGACAGAAAAAAUGAUGCUUUGGACAGAAUUUCACUUCGACAGGUAAAAUAAGAAAUUUCAGCAGUCCAUAUUGACAAAUUUGAGAAAAAUUAUAUUCUUUACGUAUUGAAGUUCACAGCAAGUUUUUGAUUUUGAUGUUGCUUUACUGUAUAAAUACUUGCUAUUGUUUAUUUAAACUAAAUAUAAGUUUUUUAAAGUUCAGAUUACACAUUUUAUUUGUUAUCAGUAUUAUACUAUUAUGUAAUAUUCUCACGCUUUGCUGAUCACAUGCAUUCAACAGACAAAACAAAUGCUAAUCAAGAAACUAAUCUUCUCGAAACGUCCCAGACUGUUUAUAUAUUAAAAUGUUUGGUUUUUGAAAUUUCACCUGAAUUUAAAUCCACGCAUUUUCAAGACAAUCGUACAAAAUCUGCACAUUUUUGAUAAAAUUAAUGCAUUUAUUUAAACUUGUAUGUAGUGAGAGCAAGUUUCAUCAUAGUCUUUCAAAACAUGGUUUGGAAACUUCGCUAAAGUCUUUGUUGUAUCUUUUUGUUCGCGUUUAUGCAGUUUUGUGCACGGUGCACGGUCAAUUUCAGUAUAAUGAACGAAUCAUCCAAUAGCAACGUUUCAGUUCAGUCAUUCAACCAUGCUAUUUAAAUGUUAAUAAACCUAAAACAAAAGAUGUAACAACCCGCUAUGAAGUUUACUGAGUUUCCAGACCAUGUCUCGAAAAACUAUGGUUUCAUACACAAAAACACAAUUUAGUGCUGUAUAUGACUGCCUGGAUUCCAUGGCCUAUGGAUUAUGGAAUUAUAUCUCAAUCAAUUCCAUGGGUGCCCAUCCCCCCUCCCCCCACCCCGAGCGUUUGACGGGCAUUGUCAACUGUAUUUGUUCUCAGGGUCGGGCAUUUGCUUUCUGCAGGUUAGCCCCAUUGUGGGAAAUUUGCUUGAGGCUAAAAAGUCGAGUAUUUGUCGCUUGUUUCGCCAUUUAGCCAUAUUUUAGUAUGCACGUUUACAUGUGCGUGUACAGAUAUAUUGACUUAAUUCCACAGUUUGAUAUUGUUAUCAAUCUCGUACCCAGAGCAAUGCCUGUGCGUGGGCUAGGAUGGCAUUGGCUCUAGCCUGCGUAGCAGGCGCUAUUUAGGGGGGAGGGCGAGGGUGGGAAAAGCUAGGGGGGAAUGCGAAGGCGAGAGCGAGGAAAAAUGGAAGGGGCGAGAAAGAAAUAGCGCCUGCAGGAAAGCCAUAUGUUUUCCCAUCUGCCCAAGUCCCGCCCAUUAAAAAACAAGCCAAUCAGUGAUUAGACGCAACUAACGGUUUUCCCAAUGACAGAUCUGGUUUCACAACAGUAUGCAUAAUCAUAGUUAAUGCGCGUGUAUACUAUAAAGUGUAUUUCUAUGUUUAAAACGCCAAAAAAUUUUGUAAAAAAGCGGGUAGAAAAGCGAAAUAGGCAAGCGCUAACGAUACAUGCAGGUUUUGCAACAGCAAUCUAAAAGCAGUAUGUGAAAGUGAGCCUUCCUUUGAAAAUUUGUUUAAGCCGUCAGACAGACAAUGCAGUCAGAAUUUGAUUUUAGCGAACGCGUGCGAGUCCAUUGGCUUUAAGUUGAAUCGAAGCGAAACUUUAUCGGAUCGAGUGUGUAAACCUUGUAAGGAAAAUAAGGAACGUUGCUGAACUAUAUAAAUUUGUAAAGGAAGAACGAUAAUUAAAGAACAAAAUAAUACGGUUUCAGAUGAUCUGAGCGAGAUAAGCAAAACGCAGUUGCCAAGAAAUCACACAACGGAAGUGUAUAAAGAAAGAAAUUAAAUGUGUGUGUCAAAUCUAGUACUAGAAAGUCUUUUCCUCGACACAGAAGAACGAGAUUCCCCAUCGCAGGACAAGUUGUUAACAACAACGACAGCAACUCGAAGCGGCAACUUUCUUGAUCAAUUUAUAGCGAAUAGGCUAAGUUGAAAGUGAUUAUAGCGUAUAAACUAUAGUGAUUAUAGUAAUUAUAGUGAUUUAAACAUCCACGGACGUGAAACAUUGCCAUUCCAUAUCUUUUGGCUGGUCUUUAAUAUAAAUGCUAUUCAAUGGGGAUAUUACAAUAAUAGCUGCUUUCCCUGACGUAUGAUAAUCACGCGCUCGUACGAAAGCUUGGUAAAUCAAACUUUUGCCAUAAACCUGUCGGUAAUACAGCAAAAACAUCUUUUCCUUUUAAAAGGUCCCGAACUGCUUUAUCUUCUUCCUCUUUCAGUUGAAUACAGUGGCCAGUCGCCAACUAAAUAUAGCUAAUCACUUUAGGAAGAACUUCGUCAAUACUAAGGCCGCUAUUUUGAACUCAUCUAAAACCACAGGGAAUAUAAUUGGGAAACCCCUGAUGACUGAUUAGCCAAUCAGAAUUUCGCGUCCGCUCACGGACGCGAAAUAUGAGAAAACAUAUGGCUUUCCUGCAGGCGCUAUUUCAUUCUCGCCCCUUCCAUUUUUCGCCCUCCCCCCCUAAAUAGCGUCUGCUACGCAGGCUACAUUGGCUCUGGGGAAAUUGAAUUUUUCCUGUGCUGUGAUUGGUUUAACGUUUAUCAAUCGUGCAUGCCGACAAAGAACCGGAACCCCUAAAUUUAGGGGUUCCGGUUGUCAAUUUCCCCAGAGCCAAUGCCUUCCUAGCCCGCCCACAGUACGAGAUUGUAUUGUUAUAUAAAGUUUUGAGACGUCAAUAUUUUAAUAAAAAAGGUUUUGAAACGAAUGGCUACAGAAUCGAUUUUAAAUAUAGAUAUAUAUUGAUAUGAGAUAGAGCCUGCAUUCGAUUUUUUGGUUCAGAAGUCGUCAGAAAACUUAUACUUUGUCCCCAAGGGUGGGGCAUUUGCAUCUCAAUGUAAGUCCCCCAAAGGUGGGGAUUUUGUUGCAUUAUUUUGACCCCAUGGUGAGGCAUUUGCAAUGGUUUUUAUCCCCAAAUUGACAAAUGCCUGACAAACGCCCAAGUGGGGGGGGGGGGGGUGUGCAGGAUGGGCACCCAUGGAAUUGAUUGAGACAUUAAGGUAUCGGUUUACCGUCACAUAAUUUUCAAAAGUUGAUGCGGCUUUUUUUCAUUAUUUUAAAGGCGUCAAAUUCGACAAAUUUUGGCUGAUAAUUCAACAAAUAUUGACCAAAAAUUUGUAUAAUUUUUUACAACUCUUGUGCAUUUGGCAAACGCUAUAGUCUGUUGUAGGCUACAUUUCAAAAAUGUAAAUACAGACCGUAUUCUUGCAAAAUUUCAACAGAAAAUAAAUUUAUAAAGUACUUAAUAUAAAAGUAAGACAAAUAAUGAAAUAUAAUCAAAUAAAGAAAAUGAUACCUCAAUAAAAUGAUAUCUCAAUUCCAUCAGCCUUUAUAAAUUGUCAUGCCUAACGGCCUGAGGUACACCAAAGCAAUUGCCAGCAUAUGCCAAGGCUGUUUACUGAUUAUUUCUCCUGCCAGUACUAUACUAUUUCACAACUGAUUUUGAUUUUCUGAUUUAUAUCAAUACUACUGCUUUUAUUUAUUUUUUUAUUUAUUGUGCCGGCAAACUGCCAAGCAUUAGCCAAAGUGCGCCAACAGUGACACAAUCCCACGCCAGAUAUCUCCAGAAAAUUCUACAUGGAAUCUACUCUGCGUUUUUACUGUAUUUAUGAACGGAAGGCUGCAUUCCAAUGACUUUUCGUAGUUUGACAUUCUAAAAUAACUUACAACAGCAUACUAGGUAUGAUUAUUAAAUUUUAUUUGCAAAAAACUCAUUGGAUGGGUCUUAACCGCUUGCAGACAAAAGAUUAGUACAUGUAGCUACAUAAAUAAAAUUUGCCUCCAUUUUUAAAUUUUAUAAUUUGCCUUCACAACCCAGCCUUAUUUCCAGAAUCCUUUAAUUAAAUUAUUGCAACUAUGGAAAACUAAAUUUAUACACUUAUUAACGAACCCAAAAACUCAGUCUUGAAUUGAAUUUUGAAACUCAAUCUUGUCUUCGAAAAUUUAAGUGCAGUCAGGUUUGGGAUAAAUAUGUGACAUGGCAGUAAUCACCACCCGCACUCCUGAAAAUAUAUAUAUACAUGAAUUUGUGGUUACAGCUCGAAAACUGGCCUCUGCAGCUCUUCAGGGCCGCCGAGAGGGGAGGUGGCAGAAGGGGCAAAUUGCCCCGGGCCCCCACCUUAAUAGGGCCCAAACUUGAGAGUGAGAGCCUGAAAUUGAGUAGGUUCUUUAAAUUGGCCAGAGCAUUUUUGAAAUUGAGGGCCCCUUACAAUACCUCCACAUGCAGUCUAGCUAUUAUUAGGUCUAGCUUAAAAAUAAUGAUGUCAUGGGGCCCCCAGGGAAGAUUUGCCCUGUAGCUCUUCUUCAAUUCUGGCCAGAGGACCUAGUGUUGCAAUGUUUCAGAACGAUCCCCGGUUAGGUCUUAAAUUGUGGAUACAGCUACCGGUAUUUUAAUUAAGGUUGUCCCCGAGCAAAGCGGGCUUGCUGGGAAUCGCUAAAAAAUCAUUAGUUUUUUCAUGGGCAAUUCAGCAAGGUAAAAAAUUUAAACACAGCGUGGAUCCACGCCGUGGAAUUCAUUUCACAACACCAGAAAAACCAAGAAUGUCAACGCACAUAUUACAUUUCAUCUUCCAAGCAUUCAUUGUGCCGUCCAUUUAAACCAAAAGCAUGUAAAGGCUAAAAUUGUAAAUUUGGGGGUGAGGUGAUAAGAGAUGGCCCCAGAUCCCAGGCUGAACUCAAUCGUCUGUGCGAAAACGGACACAGUAAAAAAGUCCUGAAAAAACCCUGAUCAAUGGAACCACAUGCCCGAGCUCCCCCAAUUUUAAGCAUCACUUGAAAGUACCUUGAAAAUGAUGAAGAAUGGCCUCAAUAAUUUAUUCCCAGCUCAUCUUGUUCCCAAGUUAUCAGACAUUUUAUAUUUUUGUGUUAUGUUACUAGUUGUAUUAUUAUACAAGAAGAAAUUCUAAUAUCUCAGAAGUGAUUCAAUGAAAUUAAAUGAAAUUCAGUAAUUGGUACAGCUAGUACGUUCUCUUUCAAUCAAGGUUAACUUUCAAGUGAUGCACAAAAUUUUGGCAAUUUAAGAUUAUUAAUGGUCAUGAGCACUUUACAAGGCUUUAAAACGGCAAUUAUACCACAAUCAGGGCUGUGAGGGCACACCGGUUGCAAUUUUUGAACGAUUUACAGGAAAUUGCAACAGGUUCAAUGACAAUGCGUACUUUUUUGUUUGUAAUAUCUAAUGUAAUAUUUUGAUUUCUUUUCAAGACUGAGAUUGAGAGGCUAAAUGAAGAACAUUUGCGACACCAACGAAGACGCACACUUGAACAAGAAGAAGCGAACGCCAAAGCACGUGAAUAUUACUUAAAGAACAUGGGUCGAAUGGGAACAUUGCAACAAAAUGGUCAUCCACAAAGAUAUAUUGAUAUGAUCCCAGAACGGCAAGAUUCUGUCAACCGUGAUGAUUUGCGUCAUCAAGCACGUGUACUACGCGACAGCUGUCUGUACAUGGGUCCUGUGAAUGAGUAUUUUUGGUCCUAGCCAUGUAACACUUGCUGAUCGCUACAUUUGCACAUCGUGUAGAACACAUAUUGUAAAUUGCACAGAAAAGUGUCAGAAACAAUUCAAAACCUUUACGCAAUGAAUAAAAUAGCACAUGGCACAACAAAAUACCGAGGCAUAUUACAUUUAAAAAGUCAUAUUGAGUAUCCUUCGCACAAGUUCAGGUUGGGAAAUGUUCUGGCGAAAUUGUCGGGGGAUUCCUGGGACACCGGCCACUGUUUCAGUGCAUGUCGUCUUUCAAUUUUGCUUAACUUAACUUAACUUAACUUAAGCCCCGUUUACACUACGCUCAAUUUUUGGUACGGCACUGAUAAAAUUGGUACCCGUACCACUUUUUUGGUUCUUGGACCACCUAUUUAGCUUAGCCCCGUUUACACUACGCUCAAUUUUUGGUACCGUACCACUUUAUGGUUCUUGGACUACCUAAAUAGGUAGUCCAAGAACCAAAAAAGUGGUACGGGACCACGGGUACCAAUUUUAUCCGUGCCCUACCAAAAAUUGAGCGUAGUGUAAACGGGGCUUUAACUUACUUAACUUAACUGGCAAUCUUUUACAAUCAAUUCAACUAUCCAGUCUAUCCAUUUAUAAAUACAUUCGAUCUGCAAUACCAAUCUGAACACUGAGUUUUUCAAAGACAAAGACGAUCAAAAUGCACGGCUCACAAGUCUUUGAAAUUCUUACGAGUGUAUACAGUAUGAAAUUUUCCAAAUUGCACGAGAAACCAUACCACUGGCACUGUAUAUUACUAAUAAAUGUAUGCAAAAUUAUGCAGAAGAAAUUUAUUUCAUGAAUCAUGGUCACUUGCAUGCAUCAAACACAUGCUUACGCAUGCAUGCAUGCCACGUGCUUGCCCUGGAUUUCGGUAAAAGUAGUAUCAAAACAGCCUAGACCUAGGCCUUCUAUUUUUUUUUAUAUUUUUUUAAUAUUCAGCGCUUUUUCACAUGAAAAGACUGGGACUAGGUGAUUUGGGGGCGGGGUGGAGGAAGGACGCAAGCCUGACGCAAGCGAAAAAAUUUUCGAAAAAAUGUAUUAUUUAUUUUCUGAAUAAAAUAAUGAGAUCUGGUUUUCAUAGUGAAUAAAACAACUGCUAUAAAUUCCACUUGCAGUGAUGUUUCCAUAACUGCAACAAAGGUUUCCUUAGGUCAACUAAGUUGUGAUGUCACAGAGAUAGCUUGACAAUCUUCUUUAUUAUCCAUAUAAUGUCAAUAUACAGUACAAAACAUUUUAGAUACCAUAUAGUCAGGAUAGCAGAUAUGUUGUCACUUGUAAAUCCAUACACAUAGAAUUUCCAAAACUUUAUUGUAAUCAUAUGAAGCAAAGUUCUGUCACUUGUUGUUUACACUUGCCAAUGUUAACAGUAGAGUAACAUACACAAACUAUUUGAGGAACAUGGGAGACCACUGAUCAGUAGAGAAUGUUUUGAAGGUCACAAGUGAACUGUAUAAUUCCAUUCCAGUCCUGUGCACAGUUAAUGAUACAGCACACUGUUCGGUAUAAUUUUAACACAUCAUAUCCACACAAAAACAAUUAGUGUUGUGGGAGAAAAUCCGUUUGAAUAGAAGGUAUCUGUGAGUACAAGUUUGGUUUUGUACAUUGUCUGCCAUUGAUCAGAUCCAUCCAUAUGAUUAUUGUAGCUGUUAAGUUAUUUUCGUAUAGCCAUACUAAUGAAUUUCGGUAAGAUUGUCUUGCAAGUGGGUUGUUCUGAUGGAAUUAUCCAACAAAUAUAUCCAGUACAUUUAUUCGUCAUUGUUGUAUUAAUCUCUAAACAAAAACAUUUAUGUUAGAACGCAACAUGGUGGGUGGGAGGGGGUGUAAAAAAAACUUGCUUCCCUGGUGAUUCUGUUAUUAGCAUUUGAAUUUUGAAAAUUAGUAAAUUUUGUUUAACUCUAAUGUGUAUAAAACCAAAAUGUGUAAGUAUUUAAGUGAAUUGUGUCCAGUGACUCUUGUCCCAAUAUAGAAAUAUUUCUAUCAUGACAUUGCUAAGUUUGCUUUAAUGAGAACAAUUAAUUAAGGCACAAACUGCUUUAUAUGAUCUGAGAAAUAAGUUUCUAAAAUGUGUGAACUAACUUGCGACUCUGGAAGAUUUGUAUAAAUAUGAUCUAUUAAUGUCCUAUUGUCUGUAAUGACAUUUGACACCAAU